AUGUCGGGGCUUGGCAACUUGAUUCCGCUCGGGAAGAAGGAAGACAAGUCCAAGAAGAGUGAGGACCUCACGAGUGGUCUCAUCCCGAUCGGCGGCAAGGCGCCCAAGGACGACGACAACGUCGAUGACUUUGAUCUUGACGACCUCUUGAGCGACACGCCUAAAAAGAAGGCGGACGACUCGCCUGGCAAGUCGUCCAAGAAGAAGAGCUCCAAGUCCAAGAAAGACAAGUCGUCCAUGGACUGGGAUACGUCCGGCGACUUUAAUGCGUCGGACGAUGCAUUUGCGUCGCCUCCCAAGCCGUCGGUAUCGUCACGCAAACCCAUGUCGUUUGAGGACGACGACGACGUCAUCGCGCAGCUGGCGAAAGGCCCCGCCAAGAAGAAGAGCAUGCAAAACCUCGACGACGAGUUUGCCAAGGCACUCGGCUUUGACGAAUCCGAGUUCUUAUCGGCAACGAGCCCUACAAAAAAUACGGAGGACUCGCCGCCACCGCCGAGUGCGCCGGCACCCGCACCAGAGCCCUUCUCGGCCCCCGCACCCGACGACCGGUUCUCGAUCGCGUCGUCCUUCUUCCAAGACGACCCUGGCGAUGAGAAACCCAGAGAAGACUCGUUCUCGAGCGACCGGCGCGGCCGCGGACGUCGCAGUAGCACGGCGAUGUUGGCUGACGACGAUCCGUUUGCGAAAAAGCCUGCCAAAAUUGAGAGCCUCGACAUCUUUGGGUCGUCGCGCCGGCGCAGCGACGGUACGGACGCCCCGACGAAGCCGACUUCGAGCACACCACCAAAAGUCACCGAGGUCACACCGCCCAAGGCGGCAUCCGCUGACGUGACGCCGCCAAAAACGGGUGCACCAGAGAGCGAUCUACCUGCGUUUCCUUGGAUGAAGAAGAAAACUGGAGCCGAGCCAACACCGACACCAAAAGAAAGUCUGCCAGUGUCCGACACGACCGAGGCGAUACCGAGCUUUCCAUGGAUGCGUGCCAAGAACGACGCCUCCAAGCCCACAGACGAGGCAGUUGCCGGCGACCCGCCAGCGACGCGGCGUCGGAGUGCAAAGGCGCCAAAAGAUGCAGAGGAUGUGGAUCGCCUUCUCGCUGAUGAGACACCGUCGUUUCCGUGGAUGAAGAAGAAGACGGAAGCGACACCCGAUGUGGCCAAGGCAGAAACGAGUAGCAGUGACAUGCCGUCCUUUCCGUGGUCCAAAUCCAAGGUCGACGAGGCUCCGUCGACGACAUCCAAGUCCAAGACGCCGCCCAAAACCAAAACAAACCCCCCCGACGACGACGACUUGCCCGAGUUUCCGUGGCUCAAGAAAUCCAAGCCCAAGGAGAAUGCCCCGACACUUCAAGAGGGCAAGGAACCGCCCAAGACCAUACCACUGGCGACGCCAUCUCCCGAGAAGCCUGUGGCGGCGCCGUCACCAGAAAAAACGUUUGUCGAGGAGCCGUCCACGUGGACACGGCCGCGCGUCGACACAGCGCCUCCUCCAGAACCCGAGCCAAUCCGAGUGCCGGAUGAGCCCGUGACCAAGCCCAGCCUAGUGCCGGAACCAACGGCACUGGCCAGCUCACCAGCACGGCCGGCUCCAAUGCAAGUACCCACCGAGGCACCGCCCCGUGCACCGUCGCCCGUGUCCCCCCAGCGCACCUCCAUCGAGGCACCAGUGUCGCCAACCCACCGUAGUAGUGGCACUGGCGUUGAUAAGUCGGCGUCGUCACCAUCCAAAGCGGCAUCCGGGUCGCCGACACGGGCCAACGUGUACGGCGGUGACGACGGUGGAGGGCCACAACGGCUCAGCCCCGCGUCUCGGGGCACGUUCCUCGACAACACCGCGAUCGUGCCGGCAUUCAUUUCGCACCAACUCGAAGCAAGUCAAGCGCUCGUCACGAGCUUGGAGGCGCAGGUGCAAGCGCACACCGCCGACAAGACAGCGCUGCAGUCGGCCCACGACCAAGCGCUGGCGUCGCUCACCCACGAGACGGCCCGGGCGGCUGUUUUUGAAAGCGACCUUGCUGCCUCGGUGGCAGCCUGCGCGACGGCAACCGCUGAGGCAACGACACUGCGAGCGGUCAAUGCAACUCUGACCACUCAAGUCGGCGCACUCACGCAAGAAAAACAGGCGCUCAGCACAGAGCUUGCGAUGCUGCGUGUACAAGCUUCGUCGGCAGCCGACUUGCAAGCGCAGAUUGCCCAGCUUCUCCAAGACAAGAGCAUAUUGCAGGCCGAGCUCCAAAGCGUGUCGUCCAAGCUCGUCCAAGCGCAGCGCGAUCUCUCGUCGGAGCAAGCUCUCCACGCGCAAAGUGUCGAGCGAUUCAAGCGCCUCGAGCACGAUCGCGCCCAGGAAGCUCUCCAGCAGCAGCGGUGGCGCGACGAAGAGAGCCGGCACGCUGAGAAGGAGGCGGUCGAGCGACUCUUGACCCAAGUCCGCGCGGCCGUGAGCAACCUCAAGGUGCUACAAGAGCACGUUGUGUUUGGCAAAUCCGAAGCCGACGUGCGCAGCAUGGGCGAGAACGAGUCGCGGUCACGCCUCCUUCUCGAGAUGGAAGGAAGCUGCAAGGCGUACAUGAGCCGGACGCAGGAAGAGUGCCAGCGUCUGCAAUCGCUGCUGUCGGCACUAGAAACCACGAUGCGAUCGCUCCGAGGCGAGCACAUGGAGGAGAAGGAGCGACUGCGCAGCGAGCAAGCGCGUCUCGAAGAGCUCGCGUUGCACUUCAAGUCCCAAACGACACUGCUCCAAGAGCGCACCGACACCAACACCAAAGUCGUGUCGCAAACACUGGCGAGCUAUAUCCAAGACAUUCGCAUUGCCGAAGCACGCAUGCACAAGCGGCGCGAACAGCUUCAGGAAGAAGAGCGGUCACUGCACAUGGCCCGCGCGGCCUUUGCCGCACAGCAAGAAGAGGCCCUUCGCGACCAGCGCAUCGUCCAAGAGCGACACCAAGCCGAGGCGCAGCGCGUGAAUGAAAAGCUCAGUCGGCUUCGGGCCGAGAAGCAAGCGUUUGAAGAAAUGAUUGCACGGUACGCGACCGAAAUGGAGACGCUUGCCGACAUGCAGCGCCAUCUGGACGACGAGAAAGACGCGCUGCGCCACGCUGCGCAGUGUGUCGAGGCGAUGGCGGAGAAGGUCAAGGCCGCGAGCGAAGUGAGUGCGGCCAACGAGCAGCGUGCACUAGAAGAGCGCGACCAAGCGCGGGCUAUGCUGGAGGCCAUCCACGACGAACGGCUCCGCCUCCAAAAGCACUGGAGCCAAGUCGACGAGCGCGAGCGGCGGCUGCAAGAGGAAAUCAAGUACAUGGACGCGACGCGGCGCAAGCUCACAGAGGAGCGGUCCAGUCUUCUCACGCACCGACGCCACGCGCGGUCGGCCACCGACUGGUCACGCCCGGCGGCGCCCGUGGCGCCGGCGAGCUACGCUCGAGAGUACGAGGCAUCCACACCGCGCUCCAACCAGACGUCCACACCACAAGCAAUGUGGCGCCCAGAGGCGAUGCCACAAUCUAAGGACCCGACAGGCUUGAGUCCAUCGUUUCGGACCGAAAUGGAAAGUUUCUGGUCCAAAGACAAAGGAAUAGAUCCGGCGACGUCGCGCAAAACGGCGCAGCUCCAGGACCGUAUGUUUCUCUCGUGCGUGGGACUGGACCACUCCAAGUACACGCCACCGCGCGCCGGCACGUCUACGUACGGGCGCACGUCAUCGCCGUCAUUCGGCUCGUUUGCGCUCUGA